AUGGCGCGCGUCGCGUCCGCGAUCGCGCCGCCGCCGCGAUGCGAUCGCCGUCCUCGCGGUGCCGGCGUCGGCCGCGCCUCGGUCGCACCGGGGGGGGGCACGGCGUCGGCAUCUCGCCAUCGCGCUUCAUCGUCUCGACGACGUCGUCGCGACGUGAUGAUUCUUCGCGCGGCGGCCGCGAACGAUGGCGCGCGCGCCGCCAAGGAGGUGUGGAUAGAGACGCGCGACGCGCAGACCCUGCUCGCCGCGCUCGAGUCCGGGCUCGUCACCACCGCGCUGUUCCGCGACGCGGAGACGGCGCAAUCGCGCGCCAAGCUGGGGCGGUUCCGCGCGCUCGUCGCGGAUCCGUCGACGCGCGGCGUCGUCGUCGUGACGGACGCCGCCUCCGACGACGCCGUGGCGAUCAUCUGCCCGACGCGAGACGCGGACGAGUGCGCGGCCGUCGCGCGCCUGUCCGGCGUCGAGCCGCUCGUGAUCGCGGACCCGUACAGCGGCGGCGACGACGACGAGGAAGAGAUGGGCGACGGCUGGAAGGUCAUCCCGUGGGAGAAUCUCGUCGCCGCGUACGGCGCGACGCCGCACUCGCGGGUGUUCGCCGUCGCGCGAACCGCCGCCGACGCGGUGGCCGCGUUCGAGGCGCUCGAGGUGGGCGUCGACGGCGUGGUGUUGAGAACCGACGACGUUGGGGAGGUGCGCGAGUUGAGCGCGCACGUGGGAGGAGGAGACGCACAGCCGUCGUCGGCGUCGGCGUCGGCAAAUUCCGCACAGCUGUCGUUGACGCGCGCCGUCGUGACGAAGGUCGCCGUCGUCGGCUCCGGCGAUCGCGUCUGCGUCGACUGCGUGGCCGCGUUCGCGCCGGGGGAAGGCCUCCUCGUCGGGUCGUUCGCGCGCGGGCUCUUCCUCGUUCACAGCGAGUGCCUCGACGCGGAAGGGUACGUCAACGCGCGUCCGUUUCGAGUCAACGCCGGGCCGUUGUGUUCGUACGUCGCGACGCCGGGCGGGAAGACGGCGUAUCUCAGGCGCCUCGCCGCCGGGGACGAGGUGCUGUGCGUGGACGGCGCGAGCGGCGCGACGAGGGUCGUCACCGUGGGCAGGGUCAAGGUGGAGCGGAGGCAGUUGGUGAUGGUGGAGGCGGAGGCGGUCGUCGCGGAGAAGAAGAAGGGCGACGACGACGACGGGGGCGUCGUCGGGACGUCGGAAAAAGUCGUCUCGCUCGCGUGCAUGGCGCAAAACGCGGAGACGGUGCGAUUCGUCGGAGAUCGCGCGAGCGGCGACGACGAGGACGACGGCGUCGUCUCCGUCUCCGUGAUCGAGCCCGGGGACGAGGUCGUCGUGUGUUUAUUAGAAGGCGCGAGGCACACGGGGAUCAAGAUAGAAGAACAGGCGUGGCACGAGAGGUAGGUACGUGUGAUGAGAUUGCGCUGCGCGUCGACGCGCGGUCGCGAAAACGUUUACUACGUUAUUUCGCGCGUCUCUUCUUCUAUAUAUCGUAA